GGGAUGUGGAGCUGCGGCGCUGAGGGCCCAGAGGAGACUCAUCACGCCACCGGUGAAGUCAGUGAGCUGGACCGACAACGUGCUGCGGUGGCCAACCGCGAGGCUCAUAGCUGGAAGAGGAACUUGGUCCUGGGCAUAUGCUUUGUAGGCGUCACGGUGGAAUCCACCUACACUGGUAUUCAGGUCCUGUCCACCGAAGAGGAAACUGCACUGGAAGCCUUGUGCUUUACCCUGGUGGUUGCCUGCAUGAACGCUGAAUUUCUGGUGAUGAAAUACCUCGUGGAGCGUCUGACAGAAGAGGAGGGCGUGCUAUUGCCAGGAGUGCACGAGCACAGGCUCUACUACCAGAAGGUUGCACAGAUAGCCUUCUGCAAGAUCUGCCGAGAACGCAUUGGGACUCGAACAGGAGGGCCCGAGGGCUUCAUGUGCAAGGAAUGCGAUGGUGGCGGUAGAGGAUCAGGCUUUUGGGUCUGCCUGUUGUGUUACAGAAAGAGCCAGAACAGCAACACGCAGGAAGGUAUUCUACGUGGGGACAAAGGGCCGAAAUAUGUCCAAGAGCUAACGUCAUGGCAGUACUUCUGGCGAGCCAUUGAGCUCUGCCGCCCCUUCCGGCGCGUCUUGCAGUGUGCGGUGCUCUGCACCUGCAUCACUCAGCUGGGCCGAAUCUUGCUGCCCAACUACCAGGGGAGUAUCAUCAAUGACCUGAUUGCUGGGAACAAGCAGGGUUUCGAGCGCCUACUGUUCUUUAUCGCACCAAGAUGCAGAGAGGGCACUGCACCACGGACAUCCAGCGCUUACGCGGAUGCUUUAGGGCGGAAUGGAAGCCCCAGGCGACUAAGCAAGUACCGUGGAAACCUGGACAAUUUCACCACAAAUGGGUGGGAUUUUAAACCAUCUUGCGAAUGGGCUGGUAAUAAUGAUUGUUUGAGCUACAUUAAUCUGAAGUGAGGUUUCUUGAAUUUGAUUUUUGUUGCAGCCAUUUGAGUCACUUGCGAAUUGAUGAGUUCAGAACUGGCGUCAUGUUUCAAUCCAACUGAAAAAUCAUGUCAGUUGGGAUCAUCGACCAUCGCAACUUCUUGUGGCGUUGCCGCAGGGAGCGAGCUGCCGCAUGGAUUUGUCGAUGAAAAAUGGAUUGCUUUGAGGAAGAUUUUACCCUCUGUUAAUGAC